UUAGAAGCAUCUAAUAUUGUUUUAAGUAAAAAUAAUCAUUACCUAUGUUCAGAACUUGUCUUGGCUGAGAUAAAUCGUAAACUUAUGCACAAUGAAAUUAUGGAUUUGAAGGGAAAUAUAAGAGUAUUUUGUAGGAUCAGACCCUUUGUGGAUACAGAAUUAUCAGGAGUUUCUAGCCAAAAUUAUUGCAUUUAUCCAAUGGCUGAUGAUGAAAAUACAGUGGAAGUGGCAAAGUUCACUGAUAAAUCUACUAAAAAAAUCAAAACAACAGAGCUUAAUGAAUCCGGCGCUUUGAUUUACAAAUACAAAUUUGAUAAAGUGUUUGAUCACACUUCCACCCAAUCGCAAGUGUACGAAGAAGUUAGUGGAGUUAUUCAAAGCGCGCUCGAUGGGUUCAAUAUUUGUGUUUUUGCUUACGGGGCCACUGGGAGCGGAAAGACCUUUACUAUGGAAGGUAACUUAUCACUAUCCCACACCUUACCGGAUUGCGGUAAGGAGUCUGAGAUGUACGAUUCUACUGUAAAAGUAGGAGACGCGGGUGAGCCAGAUUUCGAAGCGGAAGAAGUCAAAAGUAGAUACGGUAACAUGGGACUCAUCCCCAGAGCCUUUUCGCACAUAUUUUCCCACUUGCGGUAUAUCAAACAGCUGAACUCCAAUGGAGCAAGUGAAACCAAGCAUGCGGAAUCGUCUGGAACUGUCGUAACUUACGAGUUAACGGCAUCAUUCAUCGAGAUUUACAACGAAAAGAUCAGAGAUUUGCUUUGGACCGGCAAGCAAAAUUUGCAACCGGACUAUGAGAUCAAGAUGGUCGAUGGCAGUAAAUCCGAGGAACUCAUCAUAGUGCCAGAAGUGACUAAGAUAAAAGUGAUAAAUUGGAAGCAAGUGGAAUCAAUACUCAAACGGGCCUCUAAAAACAGGGCCGUUGCCGAAACGAAUCUUAAUCUGAGCUCGUCAAGAUCGCAUUCCGUUUUCCAACUUAGGAUCGAUAAAACAAACCUAUCUAACAAAAAUACACCAGUGACUAGCAGCACGUUAAGCCUAGUGGAUCUAGCCGGAAGCGAAAGGAUAAAACAAUCAGGAUCUACAUCGGGUGAAAGGCUUCUCGAGGCUAAGCACAUCAAUUCGAGCCUUUCGACUUUGAGUACCGUUAUAACCUCUUUGACCAAUAGGACCAAUAAGGGCAAAAUGGGAACCGGAAAGAAAAAUGCAGAAAUACAACAUCAUGUUCCUUAUAGGAAUAGCAAAUUGACCUACUUGCUUAAAAGUUCUUUAGGAGCAGGUAACAGUAAAACCCUUAUGUUUGUCAACGUUAGCCCAAUCGAAGAUAGACUAGAAGAAACAUUGUGUUCAUUAAGAUUUGCCGCUAAAGUUAAUUCUUGUAAUAUAGGAGUCGCAACUGUGAACAAACCUUGAAAAGCCUUAAAUUAUUUUUUUUGAAAGGAUCAUCUAA